GCCUGCACUGCGCCUGCAAUUCCUUGAGUCGCGCACCUGCUGAGCCCGCGCCCAGCCAAGACCGAAGCACUAUGUACAUCGAUUGUGGAUAAUCGCAAGGACGAUCCCUGGGGCGGCGAUGGCUACCUGUCCACCAUCCUGCGUACGGUCAAGAUGCACGAGGCUACCGACUACUCGUCGGUGCACAACAAGACGGAAUUCGAGCCUGCCCUCGACUUCUCGACGUCUGCACACAAGGAGCUCUUGAUCAAGGAACAGACUGCGGCACUGAUCAAGACUGCGCAAGACAUCUCGACCCUGAUCCGCGACUUGCAAGAACUCUGGCUCUUUGGCGGUCUCGACACCCUGGCUGAUCCUUCAGACGAAGAAGCAAACCGCAAGAAAGCACUGGCCGUUGCGCAAAUGAUAGAGUCUUUGGCCAAACAGGCGCCUGCUGGUGCGCCACAGAACGGGACCAGCGCCAUAAAGGAAGACACAAAUGGCAGAUGAGAGCGGUGAUCAGAUAACGAGUCAACGCUCGGCCGAAAGAGUCAGUGAGGCUUUGUAUCCAUGUAUGUAGCAUGCAGCGAUUCGAGUAUUCGCUCUACCCCUCGACGGACAUGUCUGCGAACCAUGGAACUGACAUGCACCCGUCAUCUACUUGCAUGAGUCAUACUGCAUUGUGAACUAGUGCAGGCAACUUGAUAGUUUUGCAUUGCAAUGGCCGUCUUGCCUCGAUCGAAUAGCAGUUGUUGUGUAUAAGUAAUUUCAGAUGCCCUCAUAAGAUCUCAGUAGCAUCACCAAGACAUAUCACAUUGCACUCAGACAAUAG